UGGGCGGGACAAACCCGAAGAUAACGGGACUGUGGUCAUUAUUACUGUUGUGGACGAUAAUAAUCUUAAUAUAACUGACAGGCAACGACAUUAUUUUGAUUAUCUAUGUUUGAGGCGCAGAGAGAGACAAGAGGAUGCUUGACAUUGAGUUGGGAAUACACUAAUUGAGAUGUCUCUGGCCCAGAGGGUGUUGUUGACCUGGGUCUUUACCCUGGUGUUCCUCAUCAUUCUGGUGCUCAAACUGGAUGGGAAGGUGCAAUGGAACUGGUUCCUCAUCUUUCUCCCAGUCUGGGUCUUUGACGGCAUCCUCAUCCUCAUGCUCGCCGUCAAGAUGGCGGGGCGCUGCAAACUCGGGUACGACCUGCGCAACGGCUCGUCGUCCCUGCGCCUGCGCACCUGGUACUUGACCGCCAUGCUGCUCAAACUGGGCUUCUGCCUGACGCUGUGCGCCAGGCUGGAGAAGCUGGCCGACGUGAAGCUGACGUUUGUCUGCAUACCGCUGUGGACCAUGCUGCUGGGAGCACUGGUGGAGCUGGGGCUGAAUAUUUGUCCUGAGAGAAGAGAGGCUUGAAGCAGUGCAGAGAACAGGCCUCUGAAAGAAGCUGCUAGUUGAUCAAUCAAUUCUUUAUUGAAGAGCAGCUGUUUGUUAAUCUACUGUGAAGCCAACACUGAAAAAAAAAUUCUUAUGAUCAGUAUUGUUUUUUUUUUAGUAUUUAAAUUGUUUACUUUGUAAUUGUUACAUGUCCAUGCUUCUUUCAUUCCUCAGCUGGCAAAUUUGGGAGUUAGCUUAUCUGCUAGCAACCACCAUCCUGUCAUUUAUCCUCUGGCUGCUCAUGGAUUUCUACAAGCUCCUUUUUCUACUCCAUACUUAGUAACACGUCUCAAACUGUCGCCCUCUUUGCAUGCAGAUUGAAUUCAUAUUAAAUCCUUUCUACCAGCAGUUUAUUUGUGGAUUGGAUCUCAGUCGAAUUCAUUCUUGUACCACUAAUGUUUAUUUUGUGCCAACAAUUGCUCCAAACACUUUUUCC